AUGCCAACAUUCUCUUCUAGCCCGCUCAAAAGUAGCCCUGUACACCGUGUGCUCCGAAAGCACCCUGCGCUCUUCGGCGUGCCGUUCGUUCUCAUCAUCGUCGGCGCGAGCUUCGCAAUGCAGAGCUUCACGCAGACGCGGUACGACCUGCACGACAAGAAAGUUACUCAGGUGAACAAGGAACAGGAGCUAGGGCUCGCGAAGAGUCGGAAGAAGUUUGAUAUUCGGGAGGAAUACUUCCGAUUGAGCGCUACGGCGGAGCAGGAAUGGGAGCCGAAGCGAAUCGAGCGACCGAAGGGCCUCCCGGAAUGGGGCGUCCCACCGACCGAACCUCCAAGCAAGCAAGACAAGGCAUGA